AAGGCAGUUGAAGUCCAACUUGGAGAGACCGUGGAGAUGAGCUAUAGGGCUUCAUGAAGCCGUUUGCUACGGUAUACGGACCGCGAGUCCGUGUUGGCAUCGCUCGAGAUGAGGACGAGCACAGGUAUAAAGCCGGGUGUUAGCCCUCAAGUUGUGUAAGAUAAUUGACAAACACGCUGAUAUUAUCUUGUAAACUCACAGAUGGCUUCGUUUCAAAUGUACAAGUCUCUUCUCUUCGCCUCUAUCCUAUCCACUAUACAUGCGCAGAAGGUCGGCACCCAGCAGGCCGAGAACCAUCCCAGCCUCACCUGGCAGACCUGCAGCAGCGGCGGCAGCUGCACCACCGUCAACGGCGAGGUGGUCAUCGACGCAAACUGGCGCUGGCUACACACAGUAGACGGGUACACCAACUGUUACACGGGCAAUGAAUUCGACACCUCAAUCUGCACCAACAACGAAGUCUGCGCCGAGCAGUGCGCCCUCGACGGCGCCCAGUACUCCUCCACCUAUGGCAUCACGACCUCGGGCGACUCGCUGCGUCUGAACUUCGUCACCCAGUCGCAGCAGAAGAACAUCGGCUCCCGCCUCUACCUCAUGGACGACGAAGACACAUACACCAUGUUCCACCUCCUCAACCGCGAAUUCACCUUCGACGUCGACGUCUCCGAGCUGCCCUGCGGCCUCAACGGCGCCGUAUACUUCGUCUCCAUGGACGCAGACGGCGGGCUAUCGCGAUACCCCACCAACGAAGCCGGUGCCAAAUACGGUACCGGCUACUGCGACUCGCAGUGCCCGCGCGAUCUCAAAUUCAUCAACGGCCAAGCCAACGUCGAGGGGUGGGAACCGUCAGAUACGAACCCGAACGCGGGCGUGGGCGGACACGGCUCCUGCUGCGCUGAGAUGGAUAUCUGGGAAGCGAAUAGCAUUUCGACCGCGUAUACCCCGCAUCCCUGCGAUACUCCGGGCCAGACAAUCUGCAGCGGGGAUUCGUGUGGCGGGACAUAUAGCGCCGAUCGGUACGGUGGUACCUGUGAUCCGGAUGGGUGUGACUUUAAUCCCUUCCGUCAGGGGAACGAGACCUUCUACGGGCCCGGCAUGACCAUCGACACGAACAGCCCUCUUACGCUGGUGACGCAGUUCAUCACGGCCGAUGGCACAGACACCGGCGCCCUUUCUGAAAUCAAGCGCUUCUACGUGCAGAACGGGGUAACCAUCCCAAACUCCGAGUCCACCUGGACCGGGAACGAGGGGAACUCGAUCACGACGCCCUUCUGUGAGUCCCAGAAGGAGCUCUUCGGGGAUGAAAGAUCGUUUAGUGCCCACGGUGGCUUGGCGGGGAUGGGCGCCGCGCUGGAACAGGGUAUGGUCCUUGUUUUGUCGCUGUGGGACGAUGACUAUGCGCAUAUGCUCUGGCUUGAUUCGAAUUAUCCUGUUGAUGCGGAUCCCAGUCAGCCUGGGAUUGCGCGGGGGACGUGCCCGACAAGCUCGGGGGUGCCUGAGGAGGUUGAGGCGCAGCAUCCGAAUGCCUAUGUUGUUUACUCGAACAUCAAGUUUGGGCCCAUUGGGUCGACGUUUUAGGUAGCACUGCCUGUAGUGGGUGGGGUGUGAUGACAAGAAGUUAUGUGGUUGUUUAUUGUUUCUUAGCUUAGGAAUGUAUUCAGGAUGGUUGCAUUGCCCGACUUUCAGAUAAAUGAAUAUAUUGUCCUCUCUUACGACUCAUAUGCUGCCGAGGUAGCAUCGUCUGUAGUAGUGAGAAGCGCAUGGACUGUAGCACGGUCCCACGUCUAUAUUACCAAGCAUCCAAGCAUGC